AUGAUCCACCGCGAAGUAGCCGAUGGUCUAGAGCGUCUUUGGAACGUAAGAGUAAACUGCAUAUGGGAAGCCGAUGAAAGUAGUCGCCAUGGAGAGGUUUAUAUAUUCGACCAUGUAUUUAAGCAGGAAUGUACAAAUUCAGAUGUAUAUGGAUCUGUAGUAAAACCUUUAGUCGAUUCCUUCAUGGAAGGUUUCAAUGCCACAAUAUUUGCAUAUGGCCAAACAUCUUCUGGCAAAACACACACCAUUUUGGGCAAUAAAACAGAUCCUGGGCUUUUCCAAUUAGUAUCCAAUCAGUUAUUCCAGCAUGUGGCAGACCAGGUUGAUAAGAGGUACUUGAUUAGAUGCAGUUAUAUUGAAAUCUACAAUGAAAAGAUCAAUGACCUCCUGGAUAAGAGCAAUCAGGAAGAUAUCAAAGGAAAUGUGCUGCUUGAUGCAAGGGAAGCUGUCGUAGACAAUGUUGAUAAAGUUAUGGAGAACAUGAUGCAGGGCAAUAAGAUCAGACGAGUUGCAGCUACUCGCAUGAAUGAGAGGUCAUCUCGAUCACACACGAUUUUCCGGAUUAUUCUGGAGUCGAAAGAUGCCAAUCAGAAAGAUGGACCUGUACAUAUAAGCUACCUUAACUUAAUGGACUUAGCUGGUUCUGAGAGAGUUUCUCUGACGAAAGCUGCUGGUGAGCGUCUUAAAGAGGGGGCUAACAUAAACAAAUCUUUGUCAGUAUUAGGAAAUGUGAUAAGGCAACUAAGCGAGGGGAAGGAGUUUAUCAGUUAUCGCGAUUCGAAAUUGACUAGACUGCUCUCACAGGCUCUUGGCGGUAAUGCCAAAUCAUUGAUUAUCGGGAAUAUCAGACCAAUGAUCCACCGCGAAGUAGCCGAUGGUCUAGAGCGUCUUUGGAACGUAAGAGUAAACUGCAUAUGGGAAGCCGAUGAAAGUAGUCGCCAUGGAGAGGUUUAUAUAUUCGACCAUGUAUUUAAUCAGGAAUGUACAAAUUCAGAUGUAUAUGGAUCUGUAGUAAAACCUUUAGUCGAUUCCUUCAUGGAAGGUUUCAAUGCCACAAUAUUUGCAUAUGGCCAAACAUCUUCUGGCAAAACACACACCAUUUUGGGCAAUAAAACAGAUCCUGGGCUUUUCCAAUUAGUAUCCAAUCAGUUAUUCCAGCAUGUGGCAGACCAGGUUGAUAAGAGGUACUUGAUUAGAUGCAGUUAUAUUGAAAUCUACAAUGAAAAGAUCAAUGACCUCCUGGAUAAGAGCAAUCAGGGUUUAACUAUGAGAAGAUAUCAAAGGAAAUGUGCUGCUUGA